GCACACUUUUUCAAACGAGCGUACGAUUGACACAAGCUAAUUCAAACGGCGUAGAACAGAUUCAAACAAGUGGACGCACGAUUGAAACCGCUACGCAUUAUUUUUUUACGAUUUUGCAAAUUAAAAUUCAUUUCACACUUCAAUACGAGUUUUUUUUCCUACACAGUUAACAUUUUCUCUAUCUAUAAGCAUAAAAGCUCACAAGUCUUUUUUCACAACAGCAAUCAAUUUCAUAGCAACAUAGAUUCAGUUGGAUUUUACAAUUCAAAUUUGCAGCUAUCAAAAGCGCAUUAUUUUGGUAUUUGUGUCGAUUUUGGACAAUUCCCCAAGACUACAGAAUGUCAAAUAGCAAUUACAGCAGUUCAGCCAUUGUCACAGCCGGCAAGCGGAUGUAUUUGGAUACAAAGAUGGCUGAUGUUCACUUCACUUUCGAAUCAGUUGACGGCCAAAUCCAGCGUAUUCCAGCAAUAAAGAGCGUUUUGGCAGCCACAAGCAAAGUGUUCAAUUCGAUGUUUUAUGGACCAAUUAAAGAGAAAGAUGACGUCAAAAUCACCGAUGCUUCACCGGCUGCUUUCAAGGUAUUCUUGAAGUUUUUCUACUUCGAUGAAAUCGAAUUGACAGCCGAUAAUGUUGCUGAAGUUAUGAAUUUGGGCCACAAAUACGAUGUCACCGAAUGUUUGAGCGCUUGUGGCAAAUUCAUAGAGGACCAUUUGUCAAAUGACAACUUAUGGUUGGCGUAUGGCUUGGCAAUUUUUCUGAAUCACGAGGAGCUGAAGAAAAUGUGUGAAGUAACCAUUGCCAUCGACACAGGCAAAUUGUUCAAGUCACCCAGUUUCAUGGACUGCGACAAAAAGGUAUUGCGCAACAUUUUGAAAUUGGAUUCAUUGUCGUGCUCAGAGACUGAGGUGUUCGACGCGUGCAUGGCAUGGAUCAAAGCAGCCAGCAAACAAGAUACAUUGACCAAGGAGCUGGUUGGGGCCCAUCUCGGUGAAUCAUUCUAUGACAUCCGCUUUGGAUCGAUGACAAUGGAAGACUUCGAUGCGAUUUAUAUGGCCAACGAUGCAUUAUUCUCAACGGAUGAAUAUCAAGACAUUGUUCGAUCAAUCACAUCGAAGGAAUAUGAAGCCAAGCUAUUCAAAGGAAAGACUCGCCAAUGUACAUGGGACCAAGCAGCUAUGCUUAAGUGUGAUCGUCCUGCUAAGGAAAUUAUGUUGUUCCAAGAAUAUGAUGUUAGCGGAUUCGAAAAAACGACAUUCUCAACCAGUACAACUCUUUUGUUGAGAGAAAUCGUUUGCACCGAAUUAUUUGAUGAAUAUGAAGGUCCUAAUGUCUUGUGUGAAGAUAUUGUUGCAAAAUUGACAAUCAUCGAAUCUGGCGGGCCAACACAGACCGAGGUCAUCACUACUGAAGAGGUGAGCGUGGACAUUGAUAGUGAAGAUGAAUCCACCACAUUCACGGAAGAUGAUCCCAACGCUCUGUACGUGGACAAAAAUGUAAUCUUCACAGGUGGAAGAGAUACUGUGAUUUCAUUGUCCAAACCGAUCAUCAUCAGACGUGGAAUUAAGUACGAAAUUCAAUUGGAAUUGGACUUGGAGUCUCCAUGCUGCUCGACUAUCAAGUUCAAAUCCUCAAAGGUGCAAAUCGAACCGGGAAUCAUUGUCAAAUUCCAUGACAAACCGGCUAAGAAUGGCGACAAAGUGGGAAUCGUUCGCGGUCUUCGAUUCAACAAAUACUGAACAUCGGUACAUUGGAAAUGACUUACAUUGAAUUCAAACCAUAUGCGUUCUUGAACAAAUCUUUGAAAAAAAAAAUCGAAUAUUUUUUCUUAAUUUUUUUUAAUUAUAUUUCUCUACUGAUAUAGCUAAUAAGUAAUGAUUUGAUUUUGAUUCAACAUAGUUAAACUUUCUUCCGCUAAUCGAUUAAAUGGAAUAUAAUUUUCGAAGCAUUUAAUAAAAUGAUAGUGCCAAAA